GAUUAUAAAGCUUAAGCUAGGCUAACAAAAAUAUAGUUAGAAAACAUUAAUAACAAAUGUUAAUAUGAUUAAAAAUAGGACAUGAACAAGGAUCGAGAAGCCUUAAACAAGAAAGUACUUGGUGUAGUUUCAGAUCUAGUCUGGAUAAAGAUUGUUGCAAUUGGCGAUUUAGCUGCUGGAAAAACUUGUUUAAUAAAGCAUAUUUGUGAGAGUAAGUAUAGUACUUCAUAUCAGCCUACUGUUGGAGUUGAUUAUGGCUUUAAAAUACACGAUAUUAAUAAUGAAGAAUUAAGAGUUCAUUUAUGGGAUUUAUCUGGUUCUGAUGAAUAUUUUGAAGUUAGAAACGAAUUAUAUAAUGGUACUGAUGCUUUUUUGUUUGUAUUCGAUGUUACAAAUUCACAAAGUUUUGAUAAACUCGAUUAUUGGUUUAAAGAGACUAAUAAAUACUGUACAAAUGACUUUGACACUUAUAUUAUUGGUAAUAAGACUGACUUAAGAGCCAAGAGAAUUGUACCUGCAGCAGAGGGGAAAAGAUAUGCCUCAUCCAGAAAAUCCAAAUACUUUGAGACCUCUUGUCAAAGUGGAGAAGGAAUUAAUGGAAUGUUUAAUGAAAGUGUUGAAAUCAGUGGUAAGGCAAUCGAUCAAGUAAACUUCAAAAUUUUGAAAAUUUCAAAAGCGCGUGAUGAUAAAAAGAAAGUAGACAUGUCAAAGGUCGUUAAAACGGAUGUUGAAGAUACUCUUACAAUAAGUUUUGAUGCUGACGAAGAAAGAGUUUUAGACGAGGAGCCUUUAGCAAAGAAUAGGAAAUUAUCAAAGGCUCAUGACGAUGAGAGCGAAGGAAUUGUAAAAAAAACCGAAUUAACCGACGAAAGUAAAGAGGAAACUUUCAUUGUCAAAGUUGAUGAUGCAUCCCAGAAUGCAUUGGAUUCUGAUUUACCGGGAGUUGAUGAUGCAAUUAGGCAAGAACACAGGCGACUGGAAGAUGCUGAACAUCUUAAAAGUACAAAGAAAAUAUGCGAGAGAAAUGCCACAGAUGUAAAAAAGACACUUGAAUAUCAGCCAGCGGAUAAUACAGAAGACAAAGGAGAGCCCCCUGAAAUUGAAGAAAGGGCGAUGAAAGCGAGUGAAGAACUGAAAGACACUGAAACGAGGGACUUGAAGACUCUCUGGAUAAGUAAUUUACCAUAUUCGGUAAAAGCCACCGGUCUAAAAGAACUAUUCUCGAAAUAUGGAAACGUUUUAUCUGCCAAGGUUGUUAUGAAAAAGGAAAACGAAGAGAGGAAAAUGUUUGGUUUAAUAGUAAUGAAAGGAGUUAAGCAGGCGCACGCAGCUCUAGAAGGGCUGAAUGGAAUUGAAUUUAUGAACCGAAGUUUGUUCGUUGAGAGAGCAAACCCAAGAAUAAUAAAUAUGGCUCAGUCUAUUAAACCAGCCGUUUCAUCUAGUCAACAAAGACAUUCAUUUAGUAGUGAAAAUCCUCCCUAUAGAACAGACGAAGAAGAAGCAAGGGAGUACGAACGGGAAAGACAAAGGGAAGAAAAGAAACGGGAUGCAAAGCGACGAGAAUUAAUGAGACGAAGACGAGAAGAAGAGGAGCGACGGAAUCAAGAAAUGCUGAGAAAGAAGCGCCUGAAAGAGGAGGACGAAAGGAAAAAACGCAUUCGUUUUAUGGAGAAAAGAAGGCUAAGGGAAAUACAAAGAGAGAAAGAAAGACAAAGAGAAAUUCAACAAAUGCAGAGAGUUGAAAUGGCUAAGCUCGAAAGAGAAAAAGAAAAAUUAAGGAUUGAAAGGGAAAGAUUUGAGAGGGAAAAAUUUGAAAUGCAGCGCUUAGAGAGAGAAAGAAUAAGAAUGGAAAGAGAAAGAAUCGACCGUGAACGACAGUUAGAAAGAGAUAGAGAGCAGUUAAGACAUUUCCAGAGACAGUUAGAUGAACAGAGGAAAGCUCAGAAAAGAAAUUAUGAAUCAAGAAAGAACCCACGAGACGAUUGGGAUAACAAAAGAAGAUUGGAAAAUAACCGGGAAAGAAAUCGUCGUAUAUCUCCUCAAUCGGGAACAGGAAGACGUCAUGACAACGGAUUUUGGAUGGAUCAAGAAAAAGGUAAUAAAUUCAAGAGGCGAAAUGGCUAUUUUGCUUGA